UCGCGGCGGGGGCGGGAUUUCCGGGGUCAUGAGAGCCUGCAGGGAAACGGAAUAAAGUCCCCCAGAGAGGAAGGAGGAGCGUGGGAUCGUAAACGGGGCGACGCGGAGAAGAGGAAGGGACAUACCGGAACGGAGCACCGGCGCAGAGGAGGUUCCGGAGGGGAGCGGAAAUAAAGGCACUCAAAGCUGAAAAGCGUGUGUAGGGGAACGGAAAAGGAAGUCAUCGCCCCGGCCUGCGAGGCUGUGUGGUCGAAAGAGUUGGCCUUAGGACUUCAGUUAAGUGUUGUCAGUGGCAAAAUUCUACAAUAUCGCCGUGGAAUGGACUUUAGUGCUCCCUUCUCCAAACGUAUCCCACACGGCGAGCUUCGCCAGCUCCGCGGCUUGUCCGGUACAAGCGCCGCGCAGUCCUGCCCUCUGCUAGACGUGGGGACGCGGUGCCUAGCGCCACGGGCCGACGAGGGGAAGGAGGGCGUGGGAAAGAGAUGAAUAGGUCUUGCUGGAGCAAGCGGAGAGAUCGCGUCCUUACACUUUUAAGAGCAUAAGGAGGCUUGCUUUCUACACACUGAUUUAAUUUUGGAAUAUCAAGGCACUGCUAAGUUAGGACCCUUUCCAGCUUUUUCUUAGGACCCUUCCAGCCUGAAGGCUUUGCAGAAGAAAUGACAACAGGUCUUUUGAAGACAUCGCCUCUGUCUGUAAGGACAAAAUUGCUACAUCAAACAGGAUUGUCACUUUAUAAUACAGCCCAUGGAUUUUAUGAGGAAGAAGUGAAAAAAAAACUUCAGCAGUUUCCUGGUGGAACUGUUGACCUUCAGAAGGAAGACAAUGGCAUUGGUAUUCUUACUCUGAACAAUCCAAGUAAAAUGAAUGCCUUCUCAGGUGUUAUGAUGCUACAACUUCUGGAGAAAGUAAUUGAAUUGGAAAACUGGACAGAGGGGAAAGGCCUCAUUGUCCGUGGGGCAAAAAAUAAUUUCUGUUCAGGAUCGGAUCUGAAUGCUGUGAAAGCACUAGCAACUCCAGAGGAUGGAGUGGCCCUAUGCAUGUUUAUGCAAAACACCUUAACAAGAUUUAUGAGACUUCCUUUAAUAAGUGUUGCACUGGUUCAAGGUUGGGCAUUAGGUGGAGGAGCAGAAUUUACUACAGCAUGUGAUUUCAGGUUAAUGACUCCAGAGAGUAAGAUCAGAUUCGUCCACAAAGAGAUGGGCAUAAUACCAAGCUGGGGUGGCACCACUCGGCUAGUUGAAAUAAUCGGAAGUAGACAAGCUCUCAAAGUGUUGAGUGGGGCCCUUAAAUUAGAUUCAAAAAAUGCUCUAAACAUAGGAAUGGUUGAAGAGGUCUUGCAGUCUUCAGAUGAAGCUAAAUCUCUAGAAGAGGCACAAGAAUGGCUAAGGCAGUUUAUCCAAGGGCCACCAGAAGUAAUUAGAGCUUUGAAAAAAUCUGUUUCUUCAGGCAGAGAGCUGUAUUUGGAGGAAGCAUUACAGAAUGAAAGAGAUCUUUUAGGAACAGUUUGGGGUGGACCUGCAAAUUUAGAGGCUAUUGCUAAGAAAGGAAAAUUUAAUAAAUAACUUGUUUUUUGUGUGGAUGUACUCCAAGUAAAGCUCCAGUGAUUAAUAUGUAAUGAUAAAUAUGAAUAUCAGAAUUACUUUGAAGGCUGCUAUUAAUAUGCAGACAUCUUUUGAAUAUCUGAAUUCGUUCGCCUUAUUUCUUACCAGUUACUCACUUGGGUAUUUACUGUGUAAUCUGGAACAUUUAGUUAAAAUAUACACUUUUGGCUUAAAACUCAUUGCUGUCAAUUUCAAUAAUAAUUCUUAGCCUAUAACCAAAGAGCAGUGUUUAAAAGAAAAAGCUAUACAAAACCUAUUCCUGGUGUUACCUUUCAUAAAAUUUUUGUUCUGUCUUACCUGGAAAUAAUUUACCAAAAUAAUUGAAUGAGUGUUGCUGUCAAAGAACGAAAGUGGGAAAGAAUCAGUGAACAAGAAAAUAAGAAAGGAUAUGAUCAAUUAUUUUCUUCUGCUCCAAACAGCUGGAAUAAAAUUAAAAAGAUGUACCUCACUACACACUACAAAUUUGGAACUUUAUUUGAUCUUUUCAAUAAUUUGUUUUUCAUUUUAAAUUGUCUCCUAGGCUAGGUGUGGAGGCUCACGCCUGUAGUCCCAGCACUUUGGGAGACCAGGGUGGGGGGAUCAUGAGGUCAAGAGUUCAAGACCAGCUUGACCAACAUGGUGAAACCCCAUCUCGGCUAAAAAUACAAAAAUUAGCCAGGCGUGGUUGUAUGCACCUGUAAUCACAGCUACUCAGGAGGCUGAGGCAGGAGCAUCAACUUGAAUUUUGGAAGUGGAGGUUGCAGUGAGCUGAGAUCAUGCCACUGUACUCCAGCCUGGGUGACAGAACGAGAUUCCGUCUCAAAAAGAAAAUAUAUAUGUAUCUACUAAACAGUGGUAGCCAUGACAGAGAGAGUCAACUGAUUCUACAAAUUGGACAUUCGUUUGUGUGCCCUGGAAUUUCCAACUAGUAAUAAACAACUACUGUUGAUAAAAUUUUAAAAUUGAAACCACUUGGAUUCAUGAAGCAUCCUGCAACAUAAAUUUGCAUUUUACAUCAGAUUUCUAUUUUUUUCCUGAAAAGCAACCUUUCUUCUUGUAUAACUAUCUUUCAAAAGUAAAUGUAAUAAAAAUAUACAACAUAAAAUUUUUAUGAUCAUCUCAGUAAUACUUUUUAAAAAAUGUAUAAGUCAAAGAAUUAAGUUCUAGUUAUAAUGCAUCAUAAGAGGUAAAAAGUAUUUGCUACUGUAACAUUCAUUUCACACUGCAUUUGCUUUAUCAUCAUGAUCCUACUGUUGAGUUCGGAAAAUAUGGUAAGACAGACUCACGUUACUUAUUUUCAGAGGUAAAUUCUAGAUUACUGUGUCAACCCAAUACUUGGCCAUAGAUGUUAUAACCACCAAAUAAAAGUGGAUUUUGUGGUCUACAA